AAUUCAAUGCUUAUUCUCAUUUGUAACCUUCAGGGUUUGACCGUGUCUGUGCAAAUCCUGGGCGAUCACUGUUGAAACGACACCAGGCAUCGAACCUGCAGCAGGACGGGCAGCCAGUGACUUGCAGUAUGAGCACUACCAUGGCCAGCUUUCAUCACGUACAACCUGGGCAGUCACUCCUGAAAGAACACUGGACAGUUCAUGCACCCAACAUGAAGCUAAAUACGCAGCCAGCAACUCGUGCUCCGAGAAAAACUGAAAUACUGCCUGGCCAAUCGAUACUACGACAACAGCAAGUAAUUUGUGUGCAAAGUCCAAAGCAGGACACUCAGCCACCUGUUAGCACUUCAGGCAAACAUGGGCUUAAAGUUGGUCCUGGCCAGUCACUGCUAAAGCGCAAGCAAAAAGCUUGUGACCUAAAGCCAAGGAAGGAUUCAAAGUCAAUUGUUACUGGUGCGAUCACAAGAGGUUAG